AUGCAGAAACCAAUAUAUUUAUUAAAUAGAUGCCUAUUUUUAAAUAAUCUAUUUUCAUGUCGGACAAACUUUAUUGCAAGCGAAAUACAGAAAAAAACUACUAAUAAUAUUUUAUCUUUAAAUUUACAAGAUAAUUUAAAUAAGAAAACAAUAGAUUUUAGUGCUCUUACGUCAACUGAGGAUUUUGGUCUUUUAUUGAAUGAAACAGAUGUUUAUGAAAAUAAAAAAAAUAAUCUUGAAAUACCAACACAACCAAGAAUACUUGAUUUUUAUUCAAGCCUAGAUUUUUAUACUGAGGCAGAAAAACAACAUAUUGACUUGUUCUCAUUUCUUGAUGAUGUUGUACAUAUUGAAGAUACUGAAACCACAGAAGAUGUAGUGAAAAUUACACUUGAUGGUGAAAGAAUUAAUAGUUUUAAUUUAGAAAAAAUGAUAGAAUUUGUUAAAAAUGAUGAUUAUGAAAAUGUUGUUGAUGAGUUAAACAAUAAAAAGUGGCCUAAAUUUGCUAAUAAUCACCAUUUUUUAAAUAAUAUUUUGAAAUAUGUAAUAGAAAAUAGUAGUUAUGAUGAAGCUAAAAGGGUAAUAGAUGACUUUGCCAAAUCAGAUUAUACAGCAUACCUCCAAAAUUCUGUGGCUUUUUGUUAUUUCACAAAAGUACUAGAACAAGAAGAUUUAAAAACUGUUAUAAAUGAGAUUAAAAGAUUAAAAGAAAUCUUUCUUGUUGAUGAAGUAUCAAUGUCGGCCAAUUGUUUAGAAGGCAAAGAAGUGAGAAAGGAUUCAGAUAUGUUAGCACAGAAAAUUUUCGAUAAAGCUUUUGAAAUGAAAUAUUCAUUAUUAGAGAUUGAAAAAUUAUGGAAAGCAUUAUUGUCACAUAACUAUAUUUUUUAUAAAUCACUUUUUUUUGAAUUUGCAGUAUCAAAGUUGUUAGAAGAAAACAAAUAUGAAUUAGCAUUAAUGUAUAGGGAACGCCAAUUUUCUGAAUUUUUAAAAUCUUCCUGUUUUUCUUAUUUUUACAAAUAUUUCAUUACAAAUAAUAUUUCACCAAAAAGUAAAGAAUACAAGGAGUUUAUAAGUAAAGAAGUGAAGAUGAGAAAUUUAACAAGCAUUAAUAUAGAUAUCAUUGUAUGUCUUUUGGAGAUGGAUGAAGGUGAACGAUUAAAGAAUGUUAUUAAAAAAGCAUCUUUUACUCCUUUACAAUACAAAGCAGUUUUAAAAGAAAUGAUGCUCAAGGAUCUUAAUGAUAAAUUUUCUGAUUUUAUGGCAUCUUUUAAUGAAAAAGUAGAUAAAAAGUAG